GCCGAGGAGCUCCUGCGGCCGCCGCGCCGCUUCCUGGUUCCCAGGAGGUGCCGGAGCCGCGGCAACAGGAACUGAGCGGCCGGGGCGGGGGGAGGAGGAGGUGCCGCCGCCGUGACGGCCCGAGCCGGCGCCGCGCCGCAGCCGCCAGCCGGCGCCGUGACCCCCCCCAGCUCCCGCCGCCUCCCUCCCCCGCCCGGCGCGGGGCCCCGUCCCCCUCGGCGCGGCGGGAGCGGCCGCCGGGGCCCGCGAUGUGAGCAUGGACAGCAGGAUCAAGGAAAAUCCAGAACGUACCUUUGAUUUAGUAGUAAAGGUAAAAUGCCAGACAUCUGAGAAUGAAGAUCCAGUGGUACUAUGGAAGUUCCCGGAGGACUUUGGAGACCAGGAAGUGCUGAACAGUGUGCCAAAGUUCUGCUUUCCCUUUGACAUUGAAAGGGUGUCCCAAAACCAAGUAGGACAGCACUUUACCUUUGUGCUUACAGACAUUGAAAGUAAACAAAGGUUUGGAUUUUGCCGGUUGACAUCAGGAGGGAAGGCCUGCCUCUGUAUUUUGAGUUACCUGCCAUGGUUUGAGGUAUACUACAAGCUGUUAAAUACUCUCGCAGAUUAUUUGGAUAAAGAACAGGAAAAUGAUUUAAAUGAUUUGUUAAAAUCAUUAUAUAACCACCCUGUGCCAAAUGCAAAUACUCCUGUCAGUUUAAAUGUGAACCAAGAGAUGUUUUUUGCAAGUGAACAAGUUCUGAAAAAACAGCCUUACCUAGUAUCGCAUUUAUACUUCAUUACUCCUGAUGUAACUGGAUUGCCAACUAUCCCUGAAAGUAGAAAUCUUACUGAAUAUUUUGUUGCUGUGGAUGUAAACAACAUGCUGCAACUUUAUGCCAGUAUGCUGCACGAGAGACGGAUCAUUAUUACCUCUAGCAAACUAAGCACUUUAACUGCUUGUGUUCAUGGUUCAGCUGCAUUGAUAUAUCCAAUGUACUGGCAACACAUAUACAUCCCAGUCCUUCCUCCACACCUGCUGGACUACUGUUGUGCACCAAUGCCGUAUCUUAUUGGAGUUCACUUAAGCUUAAUAGAGAAAGUAAAAAAUAGAUCACUGGACGAUGUGGUUUUGUUAAAUGUUGACACAAACACUUUAGAAACCCCAUUUAAUGACCUGAACAACCUGCCUAGUGAAGUGGUCUCGGCCUUGAAAAAUAAACUGAAGAAGCAGUCUACAGCAACGGGUGAUGGAGUAGCUAGGGCCUUUCUUAGGGCGCAGGCAGUGCUGUUUGGAUCCUACAGAGAUGCACUAAGAUACAAACCUGGAGAGCCUAUCACUUUCUGCGAGGACAGUUUUGUGAAGCAUCGUUCCAGUGCUGUUAAGCAGUUCCUGGAAACUGCAGUGAAUCUUCAACUUUUUAAACAGUUUAUUGAUGGCCGACUAUCAAAAUUAAAUGGAGGAAGGGGAUUCUCUGAUGCUUUUGAGGACGAGAUCACUUCAGGAGGCUUUUCUGGAGGAAAUUCAAGAUCCUAUCAGCAGUGGGUGUAUACAGUAAAGAAAGGAGGUGCACUAAUCAACACAGCAAUGACCAAAGCCAGUCCUGCCAUGAAAACAGCGUACAACUUUGCUAAAAAUCAUGCAAAGCAGGGAAUAAGAGAAGUGAGGAGUAAGUUAAAACAUAAGGAAAGUGAUGAAGAACAUGGAACUCGCAGUUCAAGUGCAGCACAGUAUACUCCAGUCUACACAGUACACAAUCAGAAGAGAGGAAGUUUAGAGAAACGAAGACUUGCCCAAACCCGUUUCAACUCGCGCUUUGGUAAUCAUGACUUCACCUUGGAUGAAGAUGAUGAUGAAAUAGACCGAAGAAGCAAGUUGUCAUCUGAAGAUAGCGAGGAAACGUCCACUUGUUUAUAUGAUAGUGAUGAUUCUGAUGAAACGAGAGGAACCUCUCAUCACCCGGGAGAAAUGGACUUGCUCGGAGAGAUUCUGGACACUCUGAGCACACACAGUUCAGAUCGAGGAAAGCUCUCAGGAGCAAAGAGCCUGGAUUUCUUUAGAUCAAUGGAUGAUAUUGAUUACAAGACUACGAACAAAUCCAAUGCACCUAGUGAAAGCAACCUCACGCUGCUCUGUGGCAGUACUAAUGAUCAAGCACGUUGGAACCUUGUUCAGGAUGACAGUGUCCUCCACUGGAAACAACUCCCUCCAUCACCACGGAAGCGAGCUCCUUCCAGUUGCCCUACAGAAUCUCUCUCAAUGCCAGAAGAAGAAAAUAGUGACAAAACCCUAACCCUUAGUGCUGACAGCAUGGCCUUUGCUUUUCUGGAAUAUUCCCAAGUAGAUGACUCUUCCUACAAGAAGACCAAACAGAAUGAAACACUAAGCAAUACCUCAAAGGCUCAACGCCCAGCGAGUGUGGGUCAGCAGCCAUCCAUUAUGGUCCCUUGGGAAAAAGAAGAAAAUGAAGGAAAUGAAACCUCGGAAGAGGGUGGACUACUUCAUGAAGUUGUAUCACUGUGUCAGAUGACUUCUGCUUUUCACCAUAGCUUAAACAUUUCAGAGGAUAAUAUAUCCAGAAAUAGCAGUGGAAAUAAAGCAUAAGAAAACUGCAAGAGGAGAAGCCUGAUUCCUAUCAGAGGCUAAAACGAGGCUGCUCAGGACUCCAUGUAAUACAAGAUAACCAAAAGAUCAAACAGGAAUAACAGCUCUUCCUUAGGAAAAAAAAUCUGUUUAUUACACGCAAUUUCUCCCCUUGAGACAUCUCCUUCUUUGUUUGCCAGGUUUUUUGGGCAGCAUUGAAGUUCAUACAAUGGAAUUAAAAUGUAUUAAUGCACUCUUAAAUCGGGUUCUAGUUAGUCUGUAUGUUGAAAAUACACCUGGUGUAUGUAUGGUGCUUACCAGUGUCUAGUUCCUUUAUGCAGCUGGAAGUGUAUCACCACAGCAGACGUCCAGAUUCUGAAGGUACUAUAUUAAUCCUGUUGGCAUGAUGAAAUGACAAAAAAAAGAAAAGAAAAAACAGUUUAGAUUUGUUUGAAACUCACAAAUGUUGUUUGUAAUGAACUAAUUGCCUUAAUCUUUUAGGUAAAGGUUUAAAUAUAAGGUGAAUUACACAGCAAUAACAGUUUUCCAUAUCAGGUGUUUGCUUGAACAAAGGGGAAAAGGACCUUUUCUAACCUAAAGCAUCUCUUGUGAAUAACUUGGAACUUAUUAUUAAGUUAAACUGUAGGUCAUGUCUUCCAGACUUUGAAAAGGUAGUGCAUAUUCUUCUCUUACAUAAAGUAUGCAAAGUGCUGAAUUAUAAUGUGAAGUCAAUUAACUUCUGUUUACAAUUAAGAUACCAUAUGCAGACAUUUUCCGUUAGGAAUUUUCAGAAAGGAAAGUAUAAGUGGAUUUGAUAGCUUAUAUUACUUUAUGAAUGUCUGUAGUGUAUAUAUAUAUAAAAUCCUGUCUGAAAAUUAAUUUGUGCCAUUUGAAUACGUAUGUUUCACUUUUACAAGCCACUCUUAAAAGGUACUUUGAAUCCCUGUUUGUAGGAGUCUUGUUUCAUACAGAAUUAUAAAGCAGACUGAAUUAAGAUGACAUACAGCUCUAGACAACUAAAAUAAUGAGUUCAGCAAGUUAAGAAUUCACAUACCUGACUCUCAGUUUAGCCAUGGAUGUAAACCAGAGAAUCUUUCUCCAAAUAUAGGGAAGGAAAUUUAACAGACACUGUGCUUACUGAACUUAGACAUAAAUGUUUAUCCUCCUUCACACCAGAGGCUGCUUAUGCAUUUAAAAAAAAGUAGGUCCCUGUCUUUGUAUGGAGUACCUCUCUCCAUUCACCUGUUCUCUUGGUUGUUCCUGUCUGUACCCGGAAUGGCUCAAAAGCAGGGGAGAUGUACAGCGGAGACUGUAAUUGGCAAUUUUGAAGUAUAUCCAUUACUGACCAGAGGAUGUAUUGCUGUGGCUAAAAGGAAUGCUUUCUACUCUUCCUUUAUUGAUAUGAGGAAUUUUUCCAUCUACCCUACCUUUUUUUGGCAAGAAUGGCUUAUAAGUUAUUGUUAUCCUCAACAAAGACCAGAGGAAGCAGGUUACUGGUGUUUGAUGUGCUGCAGUGCCUUGCUGAUAGAUUGCUGCAGUUUUAACAUACCAUACCAGUUGCCCCAACGGUCUAAGGUGCCCCAAUGGUCACAACAGCUUCCAGACUGACUUGACUUGAUACCGGUUGCCACAUUUGAGUUUAUGAAGGAAUUUUCCUUUUCAUUAAAGCAAUUUGAAGAGCUUUUCCUUUGGAUUUCCUUAGCACCUUGAAUGGUAGACAGUCAGUUAUACCAGUUUCCCCACGUCAUGAAUAAUAUUUAGAUUAGGAAGCUCCAAGGAAAACCAAAGCUGCUGAGAGAUGUGACUCAAUAGAUGGUAUCCCUCGACUUUGUUGAUACCGAUCCAACACACAAGUGGAUUAUGUUGUGAUAAAAGGGAGAAAAAUAAAAUCUCUUAACGAUAUUGCAGCACUUAUUAAUGAGACCAAGAUUGUUACUCCUAUAUCACAAGAAGAAUUUUAAAAGAUUAAUUAAAUUUUCACUUGUGUAGCUACAUGUGGCUAACUUUAAUUUAAAGAUUCACCUGAAUACACUAUUAUUUUCCAUUUUUUCCUCCCUUAACUGUUGUGGAAUGUUGUUAUGCAUAAUACAAGCUGAGUAAUGGUUGUUUUUCUGUUGUAGGUAAAGUAAUCACUGAGACAGGCUGAGGAAAAACCAGAAUGAGGGAAUUAUAAAAAAACAAUUAAGAAUAUAUAUGGAUGAGAGGUAUGAUAUACUUACACAAGAGAUUAUUUGUAACAGAUGUACCUAUGUAAGAGAAAAUUCCUUUUUAUCUUAGAGACUGUUGAAGGGGGAAAAAAAACUGUAUUAGAAAUUCUAGCCAUAUUAACUUGUAAAUUUGUUCAAGGCCUCUUCCAAGAAUGCUGCAUGAGAUUUGUGGGUGAUGUAUUCAACAGCGCCCAUCUGUUGGACCAGCUUUUACCGACUUCUGAUGAGUUGGACACCCCUCCCCUCUUACCCCAAGCCUUAACACUUUUUAAAAACCUUACCUGAAAGGAGGAAAAUCAGGAUGCUAUAGCAGGCGUGUAAUGUUCCUUUAAUUAUUAUUAGAAUUAUAGCAAUGAAGAAAGGAUUUGGGAAUCAGACAAAACUGAUGCAUCCUUGGAUCAUUGUUUUGUAAGUAGUAAUGAUUUCAAUACUAAGUGAAACUACAAAUUGGAGAGGCACACCUUUAGGGUGGGUGGUAAAAUUGAACUUUUUGAAAGUAUUUUUGAUUGCUUUCGCCAUAACUGUGUUAUCAUUACCACAUUUAGGACAGGCCCUUUCCAUAUUGCUGAUACAAUUCAUAGAGUGUUUACAAUAAUGUAAGUAUUUUGUCUCCUUCGGUUUUUUGAACCAUAUGUACCUUAGAAGAGUAACUUAGUUUUACAUGUUUGGUGAAGUUAAAUUUAGGUUACAUUUAAGACUGAAUAAUUACAGAAUCUUUUUCACCUCUUAUAAAUGAUCUUUUUAAAAGGCUAAUAUUUGUGCCUUAUUUAAACAUUCAGAAUUGCAAAUAGUUUUUCUUAGGAAAAAAAACCUGUUAAAAUUGCCAAAUGUGUCAUAUAGAGUAUCUUCAGGCACAUUGCUGUGUUCUGCUCUUGUUCCCAUUUAAAUCUGUCCAUGGGGCACAUCUGUAGUAUUUAGAUUAUCCAGUUAAGUCCCAUAGGAAGAGAAGUUGUCCAAGUAAAGGAUAUUAAGUUUUAGUGCUUUCCAUUCUUCUAUGUGGGAAUUCUUUUAGUGUCUUCUAAAAUCAUCAAUAUUAGUCUCCACCCACAGGUGAGAGCCAAACUUGAUUCAGCCAGAAAGCUCCUCAAGACUCCCAUAGAGGAAUCUGGGGUGUUUUUUAAGUCAAAUCAGGAUCUUGGGAGCUUCUCAUUUGUCCCUAUCUGGGAAGUCUCAGGUUCUUUAUGCAAGAGAGACAUUUUUUAAUUAGACUGUCACAUUGGGACUUGAAUUCAAGGUCUUCCAGGUCCUCUUUCUCAAUUGGCUCCCUAAAGUGAGUUAUAUCUGCUAUUUGAUUUGGGAACCAACAAAAAAACCAAACAAACAUGAUGGCACUGGAAAAGUAGAGACAUUCUGCAGGGUUCCCAUCUCUAAAUUUCCCCAUAUUGUUCCUUUGGAGUAAUGAAGCUAGGCCCCUGAGCCUAUGGGAUGAUGAGAGGUUACUUUGUUCCUGGCGGAUCUAAGAAUUAACUAGAGCCUGAGGGCCUGUUUUUCAUUCCAGUGGGACAUAAUGGAACCAGCAAGCCAGGCCUACCUGUACUGGCUUCUGUCCUCAUAAACCUCUGCAGAAGUAGGUUUCUAGCACAGACCUUUCUGGCGAAAGAAAUAGUCUUUUCAUCAGAUUUCAUACAGGGUUGGUGAGAGAAUUAUAUGCUGACCCUGCUGUCUCAGUCACAGCCUUUCCAUUUCUUCAUUUGUAAAUCCGCAAUACUGUGAAAAUCCUUUGCAGAUAUUCAGGGAUGGACAGUACCAUGGAUGCAGAGCCAAUCCCUGCCCUUUCCUCUUUGCAUGCAGAGGGCAUCUAUACAAGGGGCAGUGGUUUGGUCAGAUUCCCUAGGUGUGUUGGAUUAGCAAAAAUAUCCUUGUUCUGAAGGAAGAAAUGUAGUUUUAGAAGUUGUGAAAUAACUUUCUUGACUGAAACUGUCACAGUCACUUAGAAUUUCAGAGUGAUGUUGCUGCUUUUUGAUAGCUAAGGUGUGGGAUUUUCAAAAACUCAGUAUUGUCUAGUGUCCACUCUUGGAUGUUUUAAUGUGGACUUUGGUAGAAGCAAAGUUAAUCCAACACUGAGCACUUCUUAAAUCUCAUUUACAUUUUUAAUUUUUUUAAGAUAUCAAAAUUCUGGUUUAUGUUUUUCAAGGAAUUAACUCUUCCUAAGCCUGUGUUCUAGUUAAUUAUGUAUUUCUAAAAAAAAAAUGGCUUCUAAUUUUUCAUCCACAAUUAAUCAUGGAUUGUGUUCUGUAGAACAAUCAAACAUGAUGCAACCAGAUUAUCUUCUGUACCUGUAAUCAAUUGAAGGUAUAAAACAUCAUGAAAUAAACUAGCAGCAAGAUCGGGGCCCUUCAGAAAAUGUGACCAGAAGUGUAAUACCUUAGUACACCACAGUGGCUCACCCACGAGUGCCUUGCUAACCAGCAUCCCUGGCUGUAUAGCUGUGAAGGAAUAAUCUCUGCUCAAAAGGGAGGUAGCAGCUCCUCUCUUGGUAGCAAAUACUUAAUGAUACUUUGGCCCCUGAUAUGUCCACCUAAGUCACCUUCUUUCCCAAGAAUUUAAGUUACAGACUAAACAAAACUGGUUUAAAUGAGAAUGGUACCUAGUAGAAGUUGCUCCUUUUCUGCUUAACCUCCACUGCUUAACCUCCUUUUCUGCUUAACCUCCACUGUGGAGCCCAUAGUGGUGAGCCGACCAGUGCCCUUCUGAGAAAUACUGAUCAGGGUGAACUUCAAAGUUGGAAUUACAUCAGCAUGGGUGUAAGGUGGCACCUGAACUAUCUUCGUACACCUUCCCAGACAUUAGGUGCAAGACCCCUUCAUUUUUUUAUCCCCACCACGCAUGAAUAUCUGAUAACAUGGUUCAGACCAAUAGACUGAUUAAGAUUGUCCCUAUCCUAACCUUAGUGUCACUGAGACUAGUGUAGGCAGAAUGUAGGGCAGGUAGCACUUUGCAGACUGACUGGUUCAGAGAGGCAUGAGCUCUUGUAGGCAACAGACCACUUCAUCAGCAUUAUCAAUGAACUUAGUCUAGACUUUGCAGCCCGCCAGAUGUGAGGAUGAGAAGCCAGUUUAAAAUUUGAAGCAGAGGAAAUAUGGUGAAGAUCUCAUAUACAGAAUUUCCCCAAAAUUUCUUUGCUACUUCCUUCUUCACAACAUUUUUAAUGGCCGGUAAAAGGGUCUCUACAGGAGGCUGCUAACCUUUUUUCUAAAAAGUUAACUGCCUGCAGAUGCAAGAACUAUGUCAGGAGGAUAUUCUGCUGGAUUAGAAUAUGUUGUAGAAAUACAGGAGUUGGGAUUAAGAAGUGCAGAGUGUAAAAAGGGUUAUUAAUCAAACCAUAAACUGGUUUAUAUGUUACUUAGGUCAGUUCUAACAGUGUUCCUAUUCAGAGUCCAGUAACAGUAUUAACAUUUGAAAAACAAAGUUGGAAUUCAAAUAAAUGGACAUUUUGAUUCUGCUUGUUUGUAAAUUGAAUUUCUGUUUUGGUUAAAUAAGGGAGCUACUAGGAUGUGGAGGGAAACCUGUUACUUUCAAAAAAUGCAUUGGAUUUUGUGCAAUAUUUUUCUUUGUUUUAGAAUAAUUUAGUUGUGACAAAUAUGCACAUCUGCUUUUCACGCAGAUCCUUUAGAUCAUAUUUUUCAGAAAUGUGUAAAAUUACAUGUAGUAUUUAAUGUGGUUGUAUGAUAAAAACCAUAAACCAUGCUUUGUCACAAGGAAAAUGUAUAUAUGCAAUGACUGAAAAUGAUUAUGGAUGUCACAUUAUUGCGCUAUAAUAAACAUAUCACCUCAGCAAAUAUUACACAUUUAAUCACAAUUCAUAAUAAUGACUAUAUUUCACUCAGUACUUUAUACAUUCAUAACACAACUUCUUUUUAUUCAGUAUCAACUUCUGAACAUCUCAAUACAAUCAAUGCUAGAUAAUUAUAUGGUAGCAUACAUACAUAUAUAAUCAAAAUCGAAUUUAUGACAUCCAUAAUUGUGAUAAACCGUUGCUCAAAAUCAAGGUUGUCAGUACCUUUUUGGUUUGUGUAAAUUAAAUUAAUUUCUAUCUUUAUGUAUUGAUGUAAAUUUUGUUUUAACUUUCAAGUUUCUAUUGAGAGCUACUUUAAAUUAAUAUACUUGAAUAAGACAGUAAAGCACUGUGGAACAUCCGGAUUUGAUGCAACACACAAGCAUAUACUGAGCUAAUUCACUGUUUUGUGCAUGAAAGGAUGUGCUCUUUUUCAUUUUAAAUCUUUGUCUUAAAAAGAAAGGAAAAAAGCCUAAACAUUGAACAAAUGAUGUAUCCUAACAUGUUUCUAAACCUUUUCAGAGCCUUUCAGCUGGUUUUGGAAAAAAAUCUUUAUAAAGUCCUUUGUUAUGGGUCAACAGGGACAUCUUUAAUAUGUAUAGGAAAGUUAUGGAGUGCAAGAUGUUUUGAGCCUUUACUGUUCCUUUUAAUAAUCAUGGAGGUAUUUGAAUAAAUUAACAUCAUGUUUAACAUAUUUAUAAAUAUUAGUCACUGACUCGUAAUAAAAUUCCUACCGAACGUGGGACUUUACUCUGUAUUUUAGACUACAGUGUAUGAAGUCAUGUCCAGAAUGACAGGACCAGAGUUUAGACUACUAUCACUAAUACACUGUAUAUAUCAGAAAAUGAACUGGUUUUUUUCCCCCAAUUUAUAAUAUCAGUGCAAAGGUUUUGGUAAGCUUCAUAUUACCAUAAAGUGCCCCUCACUGUAUUAUAAAAUAAAAUUUACCAACAUGAAA